AGGAGCGUGUGGAGGAGCACAGACACUCCGUUUACAUCAACAUCAUCACCCAACACACGUUUCUUGUGUCUAAACUAGAGUUUAAUCGCACUUGAAGAGUUAAAUCUUCUAAACUGAAACGGGACAAAAAUGUUGGAUUAUUUUAUUUCAUAAUGUGAUAAUAUUUGAAAGAUUGAAAUCGUUAUCGUAUAUACGUACGGCUGUGUUUUAGACUACAAAUAAAGAUUAAUGGCAACUUGAGCUUUUCAAAAAGGAAAGAACCAUCCUGCUUCUCCAGAAUGUGUGACCCAAAAGAGUCGUGCCUGCAGUGGAGAUUCAUGCUGCUUCUGUGUGUUUUGGCUGUUAUAAUGCACAGAAUCAGUGCCUGCCCCAAAUCAUGUGCUUGUUACACUCCGACAGAGGUGCACUGCACAUUCAGAUACCUAAGUGAAAUCCCCCGGGACAUUCAAGCGGCUGUUGAAAGAAUUAACCUGGGGUACAACAGUUUAACAACACUUAAAGUGAAUGACCUGUCUGGACUGAAACAUCUGGAACUAUUAAUGCUUCACAGUAACAUCAUCAAGAUCAUUGAGGACAGCUCAUUCCAUGAUCUCACGUCCCUGCAGGUUCUGAAAAUUAGUUAUAACAGAGUUGAAAAGCUCAGAAAAGAUACAUUUAAAGGCCUGGACAAUCUUGUACGUCUGCAUAUGGACCAUAAUCACAUUACCUUCAUUCAUCCAGAGAGUUUUUAUGGAUUAAAAAUGCUGCAGUUGGUCAACCUUGAGGGAAACCUGCUCCAACAACUUCAUCCAGAUACUUUUAUUUCACUGCGGUACAGCCAGAUUUUCAAAUGGUCAUCUCUCAAGAACAUUUACCUGUCAGACAAUGCUUUCACCACAUUGCCUGCAACAGUGUUUGCUGGCUGUAAUAAGCUAGAGAAUCUCUUCCUCAGUGGAAACCCCUGGUCAUGUGAUUGUCGGAUGGGUUGGUUUGCUGAGUGGACACAGAAAAACCCUGGUGUUCUGAAAUGCAAAAGAGACAGGAAGACUGUCAGAGAACAGCUGUGCCCUGUUUGUGAAUUCCCAGUUUCCUCUAGCGGCAGCAGUAUUAUGCAUUUGUCAAAUGAUGGCUACACAUGCCUUAAACCAUGGAUUCAUCCUCACUUAAAACAGAGGAAUUUUACCUUGGGUGACAGUGACUAUACUUCCGUCUCUCCUAAGGAUUUUGUUGCACCCAUUGGUAUGCUGGAAAUUAACAUGACUGAUCAGUUCCACAAUGAUGCCAGUAUAACAUGUGUUGUACAGAGACCUACAAGAAUGGACAACCUAUCUGUAACCUAUGGAGUCAAUAGAGAUGUUACUGCCCUGAGUGUGAAUGUGUCUACAUCACUGGUCUGCAACAUUGAUUAUGAUCAUAUACGGCAGGUUUGGAACAUUUUGGCUUCCUAUAGUGAUUCCCCUAUGAGACUUGAGCGAGGGGUAUUACUUUCUUUGCAACCAGGCACAGUUUACACCUACAAGCAAGCAGUACCCACUGCAGAUGAAGUCUUCACAGAAAUCGAAGCAAAAAUCAAUGCCAAUCCUGCAUGGUUAAAUCAAGGUAUAGUUAACUUACAGAUGGACCGCAUUACAACAACAUUCCCGACCCUUAAUAUCAAGUAUUCAUCCAAUGUUCAAAUAGAUGUUGAUAGUAGUAACCAUAGUAGAGAUCAAUAUAGUUGGGUAAUUAUCAGAAAGGACAACCAGACCAAGGUUGAACACUCAGUCCUUGCUGGUGGAUCAGUGGAACUGAACUGCCAGACCUUUGGGGAUCCUAAACCCAUCGUAGAGUGGAUUCUACCAGACAGAACUAAGGUACGAGCACCAUACAACAGUGAGGACCAAAGGAUUGUAGUAAAUACUAAAGGAAGGCUUACAUUAAAAUCUACUGAAAUCACAGAUACAGGUGUAUAUCAUUGCAUUGCCACUAACUACCUGGAUGCAGAUGUUCUUGCUUUCAGGGUCACUGUUUUGUCACCAGAUAUCGAAGAAGAAGAAGUAAAUGGGGUCCAAAUCUCACACAUCCUUGGUCAGACCUUACUUCUUGAUUGCACAUCAUCUAGCAGCCCGCAAGCUUUCAUUCAGUGGAUACUUCCUGACCACACAGUUUUAGACAAAUCUUAUGAAAACAGGAAUCUCUACAGAAAUGGUACUUUGGUAAUACAUGGACUGACAUCCCGAGACACAGGAUUUUACAGGUGCAUAGCUGCAAAUUAUUUAGGAGCAGAUUUGCUAGCUUCUCAAGUAACUGUUAAUGAUAAUUUCUCAAAUAGCACAAAUACAGCUGACAUAAAGCAGUCUGGUGAUGAUGUUGUGAAAAUUAUAGAUGAUAGCCAGAAACUUCAUAGCAGAGAUCUCCCUCACAGAGUUAGUGAGGAAUCGAGGAGCAUUACAUCAGACAGACUGUACAACUGGCUUCAGUCCCGAUUUCAUAAGGUUCCCACUAGCAGAAGAGGAAACGGAAGAAGCACUGGAUGGCCAAGAAGAGUCUUUAAUAAACAGUUCAGGAAAGUCGAUGCUGAAAGAUUUGCCACUUUCAUCAAGAGGUCUCAAAAUAAAGGAAGAAAUGAGGAUGGACUCUCUGAUGACAUGGAUACAACCUCAGGGGAUGGUAUAUCUGAAGAUGAAUUAAUUGUUGUAACAACAACCCAAACACUUGACAAUAAACCAGUUAGCACCAUUAAAACCAAAGAUAUUGGAAUUUCAAAGACUAAUAACAAAAUGGUCAACAGUGCUUUCAGGAAAGUAAAAACUGAUCAUGCAAGUAACAUCUUGAGAAAACAAGAGAAAUCAAAUUUGGUUACAGCCACAUCAUACUCUUACUCUCAAACCCAUGCCACCCCAGUAAUGGCCAGUUACACUCCAAGUAAGUAUGGAAUUCAAAGAGAUGAGACAACCUUGAAUACAAACAACUCAGGUUAUGUGAUAAGCCAUAGUGAUGGUGAAAGCCACAUAUAUGACAGAGGAACAAAUAGAUCCUUUGGGCAACCCGUUACUCUCAGACUUACUCUAAAAGAAGUUGCAGAUAAGAUGGAGCUUCUGUUCUCUGGGGACUCAGAAGAGGUUGCAACUGUAGCAACACCAUUAUACAACAUCCAGAACUCAAGUGUAACCCACUUGGAACCUGAGAGUCAGACCAUAUUUACAGCAGUCACCACAACCGAGAGAGAGCAAGACAAGAUCACCUUUCACACUACUCAACUAAUCAAUUCACCUCAUCUCCUUCCUGGGUCCACCAUCAUCUCAAAACACCAGAUCCAAAUCGUUCCCUCUAAAAAGCAAUCAGGAAAGAGACGUAACUUUCAUGGCAGACGCAGGAUCAUUCGACCCAAUAAAAUUACAGACAUACAAUCUUUACUAGAAAAAUUUAAACAUCUCUCUGAAAACAAAGAGUACAAUCUCAAUUUUCCACACACUGUGGACAAUAUCACAGAAUGUGGUGACAGAAAAAUAAUUACAACUGAAGCGUCUAAAGAGAAAUGCAAAACAACAGUGGAUCAAAGCCUGAUCAACUCUACGGCUAGAUAUCACACGGCAAUUUUCUUUUCGAGAGUGACAGAAAAACCUGCCAUGGCCACACUAGACACCCUUUUGUCAAACUCAGGAAGGACAUACACUGUAACUGAUUCACAGAUGUCAGCAACAAUGGUGCCCUCUAUGCCUGAAGAGUCAAAGGAUUAUAAAGAUUCUGUUGAACUAACCAAAGAUGCUAUUAUGUACCUCUCAACUCCUAUUACAACUACAACCACAAACACAAAGACUUCAACAAUCACACAUGGGAAGUCUUCACAGUUCGGACACAAAUGGGAUAAGAGAGAAUUUCUCAGCAGACUUCAGAAUCAAUUUACACCAUCCACUGCAGAGGAGCAGAUGAACACGACAUUCACAACCACAUCAGAACCUGACAGAGCAACAACUGCAGUACCUACUACAAAAUUGCAGCUUCCACAAACAAUUGCCUUUCCUUCAAUUACAAUAGAAAAUGACACUCCAGAGAAAUCAUCUGAUGACUCAUCAGGCUCUUCCUCAUUUACAGAAUCAAAUUCAUUUUACAAAGUCAUAACCCUAUCACCAAAAAUGUUCUCAACAUUUCCAGCUUUCCAUGAGCCGUCCACAACCAAAGAGUCUGAUCCAGUUUCAGGUACUUUAUCAGCCACUACAACAAGGAGAACUGAACUAAAGCAAGACAAUGUCCAGGAAAGAUUUUCAGGUUCUCGAACAGGAUUGUGGCAAAAUCAAAAACCUGGUUUUCGCAGACAAGACUACAAGGGGCGAGGGCUGGCAAGAAAAACAACCACACAAUCCUCAACCAUCACAGUCACUAAAAUUGCUGACAGAUCUUCAACCAAAAAAUCCCCUACUAUUGCAUCAGAAACUAAACACAGAGGUGUAACAUUAAGACCUUUGAAUACACCCUUCAAAGAAUCAGAGACAUCUCCAUCAACUGAGACCUCUCAACCCACUACAACUAACAUAAAUCCUACAGUCAUUAGACCACAAACUACACCACAAUAUCCACAAAUCCAGAGUAAAACCAACAGAGUCAGAGUGAACAGUAAUACAAGACUUACCCCAGAAAGAGGAAUAUAUACAACACAGAGACCCAUGAUAAGAGUUAAGCCAACUGUAUAUGAACAAAAACAUGUGGACUGUUUUGAUUGUCUUAAGCCAAAUGCCCCAUCUGGCGAACCUUAUGGCAAAUCUAAGGAGAGCACAGUCACAGACAAAAUGAUUGUUCAAUCUGCAGAACGAAACUACCCGUUCACUCAAUCUCCAUACAGUACUGAAAUUGGCAAUGUGAAUGAGUAUGAUCGCUCAGCAAUGUAUGACACCUCUAUCAUUGACUUAGAGUCAUCUGUUACGGAUAUUAUUUCCAAGCCAAGGAUUAUUGGUGGAAAAGCUGCCAGUUUCACUGUUCUGUCAAACUCUGAUGCUUUCCUUCCCUGCAAUGUGACUGGUAAUCCUAAACCCACCAUCAGCUGGAGCCGAUUUCCAUCUACCACAGGUAGUAUGUUGACCUUCAAGGGUAAAAUGGGUAAAUUUGAGGUUUUGAAGAAUGGAACAUUGUCCAUCCAUAGAGCAAACAUUAAAGACCACGGACAGUACAUAUGUUUGGCCGAGAAUGAGUAUGGGUCUGACAAGCUUGUGGUUAUGUUGUCAGUUGUGGCUUAUCCCACUCGAAUACUGGAGCCAAAGAUGAGAGAACUCAAGAUUCUUGCUGGGAAAACGGUGCACAUGGAAUGCAAGACAGAGGGCAGACCAGUGCCAAUUGUGUCAUGGAUUCUACCCAAUCGCACUGAGGUUAAAGGUCCAGGCACUAAGCAUGGCAGAGUAACAGUAACCUCAAUGGGGACACUAACCAUACAAGAUGUGUCGGUUUUUGAUCGAGGACAUUAUAAGUGUAUUGCAAGCAAUCCAGCCAGUACUGACACCGUUACUGUUCGUCUUCAGGUGGUAGCAGCACCUCCUGUAAUACUGGAGGAGAAACAACAGCUAGUGAGAACAGAAGUUGGGCAGAGUCUUUUGUUACCCUGUACCACUCAUGGUGACCCCAAACCCACUAUACACUGGGUCUUACAUGAUGGUACGAUUGUAUGGCCUCUAACUUACUCGCACACUAAAGUAUCCGUAUAUAUAAAUGGUACACUUUACCUGAGAAACCUAGCAGUAACUGAAAGUGGAAAAUAUGAGUGCAUUGCAACAAGCUCCACUGGAUCAGAGCGGCGUGUGGUCACACUUUCUGUGAGAAGGACAGAAACUGCCCCUCAAAUCAUUGAGACGUCACAACGGAAAACUGAUUUGGUGUAUGGUGCUCGCCUUCAGCUAAACUGCUCUGCAAUUGGGAACCCAAAACCUCAAAUCAUUUGGAGGCUUCCUUCCAAGGCUCUUGUGGACCAAUCGCACAGAAUGGGUAGCCGUAUGAAGGUCCUCGACAAUGGCACUCUCAUCAUUGAGUCGAUCAAUGAAAAAGACGCUGGGGACUUCCUGUGCAUGGCACGCAGUACAGCUGGGGAUGAUUUACAGCACAUGAAGGUGUCUGUGUCUAUGAAGGCAGCUCGGAUCGAACCAAAGGUCUUUAGCAAGAAACAAGUGCCGUAUGGCAAUGACCUAAAGGUGGACUGUGUGGCCGCUGGUGUCCCCAGGCCAGAGAUAUAUUGGGGUCUUCCUGAUGGUACCUUAGUAAACAGUGCUCUCCAAGCAGAUGGAACAGGAAGAGAAGAAUCCAGCCGGUACAUUCUGUUUAAUAAUGGAACACUGUACCUGAAUAAAGUUGGGAUUGAUGAAGAGGGUGACUACACCUGUUAUGCAGAAAACCAACUUGGUAAAGACAAGAUGCAUGUUCACAUUUCUGUGGUAACUGCAGUCCCUCACAUUCAGCCUCCAGACCUUACAUAUGCCAAAGUAAAGCCAGGUGCAAACAUUCGCUUUGACUGUAAAGCUAUUGGUGAGCCCAAGCCAAAGGUAAUUUGGAUGCUGCCAUCUAAAGAUAUGAUUGCUGCAUCUAGUGAGGGUUACUUAGUACAUGCCAAUGGAUCUCUUGAUAUACGGAAUGUGAAAUUAUCGGAUGCUGGAGAGUAUAUCUGCAUGGCUCGCAAUACUGCAGGUGAGCAGAAUAAAAUCUAUAAACUUGACAUUGAUGGAAACCCACCAGUUAUCAACGGCUUCAACCAAAAUAGAACUGUGAUUAAAGAUAUUGCACUCAAGUACACUAGAAAGCUAAUAGAUUGUAAGGCUGAAGGGGAUCCUCCACCAAAGAUCACAUGGAUCAUGCCUGACAAUAUAUUCCUUACUGCUCCAUAUUAUGGGAGCAGAAUUAAUGUCCAUACUAACGGGACACUAGAGAUCCGUAAUGUCCGGCCAUCGGAUACGGCUGAAUUUAUCUGUAUGGCACAGAAUGAUGGAGGUGAGGCAGUCAUGUUGGUUCAACUAGAGGUUACUAACAUGCAAAUGAGGCCCAUUUUCAAAAACCCCUUUAAUGAAAGAGUGGUGACUCGGGUGGGGAGAACUGCAAUGUUGAACUGUUCAGCCGAUGGGCAACCCACCCCAGAGAUCAUAUGGACGCUACCCAAUAAGACCCGAUACAGUGGAGGCCUUGACAAGGGCUCAAGGUAUCACCUGGUUAAAGAUGGCACCUUUGUUAUUUAUAACUCCAGCAAAGAGGAUGCAGGUAAAUAUCGAUGUGCUGCAAAAAACAAGGUGGGCUACAUCGAAAAGCUGAUGGUUCUUGAGGUGAUUCAGAAGCCUUAUAUUCUGACACGCCCGAGGGGGCUUAUUCGCAGUGUUUCUGGGGAGGCCCUCUUCCUACACUGCCUGAUCGAUGAAACCCAGGCCAGAAUUUCCUGGACCAUGCCAGGAGGUCAUGUUCUUGCACGUCCACAGGUGAGUGGACGCUACCAUUUAAUGGACAACGGGACACUUAUUAUACACAAGACAACCAUUCAUGAUCGCGGGAGCUAUGUGUGUCAAGCAAAAAACGAUGCGGGAGAGGCUGUUCUUACAGUGCCGGUCAUGAUUAUUGCAUUUCCACCCCGGAUCACUAUUGGGCCUCCUCUAAGCGUGAGAGGACUUACGGGAGUUCCUAUCCAUCUCAAAUGUGUUGCUAAUGGAAUACCUAAACCAGAGAUAACCUGGGAGCUGCCAGAUCGCUCUGUUCUGUCUACGACUGGAAAGGGACGACUGGGAAGCAGUGAGCUGCUCCAUUCACAAGGGACUCUUAUAAUUCAGAAUCCCACUAGAGCAGAUUUGGGCAAUUAUAAGUGCACAGCUGUUAAUUACCUGGGCAGAGAUACCAGAAUAACAUACAUGACAAUAAUAUAAGUUGGAUUAAUAGGGUGAUAAUACAGUAUGCUCCCCAUGAAACAAACCUGCUGUUGGGUGCAAAACUUUUAUUUAGCCUGGAAGACAUAACUUUACAACUGAGGGUCAGCUCUUUUGGAAAGUCUUGGAUUAUUGAAUUAUGUUGCUUAGGUCUGCCAGGUAGUAGAAAGGCCUAAUAAAGGUCCUAGAUAAUUAGGCCGCUUGGGAGGAAAACCAAGAACUGUUAGGAGUUCAAUCUUGGAAAUGACCUUUGAGAAAUUACCUAUAACUGUUUAACAUCAGUUCUCAAGGCCACAUUUUUUUUUUCCAUAUUAAAUCACAAAAUGUAAUUCUAAUAUUUUAAUAUAAUACAUAUAAAAUAUCAUUAUAUAAUCGAUAUUAUGAUAUUGGGUCAGUCUAAAUUAACAAAUUAUGCAUAGAAUCCGUUUUCAAUCAGAAACAAGUUUCAGUGUUCAAUGUUCAAAUUGCAAGAAGGAAUAACAAAUGCAUAACUGUUAUAUUAGAGUAAUUGAAAACUAUAAACAUAAAUAGUGGGGAAACAAUUAAAUCGACCUUAUGAUUGAGCCUCUGAAUCAAUCAUUUGUCAGUAAACCAUAACAAAAUUUUGAUAGAUAACUGUCCCAUGGUUUGAACGUUAAAUUAUCGUAUUAUUAUUUUGGUUUGCCUGUUUAUCACUUUUGUUUAUGUGACAAAGUACAAUAAAAUUGUAAAAAGUUA